CCCUCCCUGAAAUGUGGCAAGGUGGGUUUUACCUGCAGCUGGUGACUCUCUUGCCAUGACCAGGCUGCUCCUGAUGCUCAUCAGCUCUGCUUUGUCAUAUCCAGGGUGUGAGGAUGGCGAUGCAAGAAACGCAGCAGCUGCCUCAGCUUGCCCCGGCACCUUCCGCUGUGAUCCUGGGUGAGAUGCUGAAUGAACACUUUGGACCCAUGCCUGUCAAGGCCCCCAUCACCCGAAUGAAGAAGUCCUCUGGUGUCUACCUUCCCACGGUGAACCAGGAUCAGGUCCUGGGAAGGAGGCAAGCAGCGAACGCUAAAGAGAGAGAGAGGAUAAAGAACUUGAACAGUUGCUUUUCCAAGCUCAAAGCUAUCGUGCCACUGAUUCCGAAGGACCGGAAGCCCAGCAAAGUUGAUAUGCUUAAAGCCACUUCUGAAUACAUUCGCCUGUUGCGCUCAGUUUUGGAAGAAACUGGAGGCUUCCACAAGCUGAAAGAUCCAGCAGGUCACGGUCCUUCUGGGCCCUCUUCAGUGCCAGCACCGCUAGAAAAGUGUUCGCCAGCCAGUCCCAAGCCCCAGAGACCCAACAACUGCAUCAAGAUGGAAAAUGGGAUGGAAGUGGUGUGGGCAAACCCAGUGGUGCAGAGCCCCAUGUGGGCCUGGGAGGAAACACUUAUUCCUACCUAUGUGGGGAUUUUGGAACUUCACACAACCGGAUAG